AUGGAAACUUUGACGACUCGCCUGGACCGCACUGCGACUUUCGUCAGGGAAAACAUGCAGCAGAUGCACGCGGAUGCGGCCUCCUGCGUGGAGGCUAUCGAGCGAUCGGGAUUGCAAAUGCUAACCCUUGUCGAGACAAUAACCAACGAGUUUGACAAGAACCUCGCUGUGCUCGAGGAGUCCAUUCGAGCGAAGUCUUUUAGCUUGUCCAAGUCGGAGGCGGCCCAGGAAAAGAUGGCCCGCCGUGUGCGGGAGGCGAUUAAAGAGCUGUACGUCGAACAAUCUAAAUACUCGCGUCUCUCUCAGGAAUUACUGCAGGAUCAGCUCUCACUAGCCCAGCUCCGGACUAGCCAUAAGCAGCUUUGGGAGGCGGUGACCACGCGACACGAAAUGGUCCCGGAUCCUAAGCAAACACGCAAAGAAUUCCAAGAGAUCCUCGAUACCGCGGAAGCUGUGCAAGAGGAUCUCUUGUCCAUAUGUCGUCAAGAAAUUGGACGUCAACAAAGCGAUGCCUUUUACAGUCGAUGUCGUGUAGUGCGCUAUGCAGUGGAUAAUGUGCAGUCAUGGGCGCGAUGUGUGGGUGAUAUGGCUCAUAUUUACGAUGCACGCUGCCGCGCGCUGGAGGACAAAUCAAAGGUAGGUUCUUGGCAAUCGCAUUACCUUUUGGCGACUGAAAAGGACUGGGCGGUAGGAAAUCUGCUCGAGGUUCGACCCGAGAUGGUGGAGGUGCAAAAGAGUCGGCUUGAGGUGCAGGAGAUGGCGAAUGCAGUGGACAUAGAUAUGCCGAAUGGUACUUUGCCCAUUUCAAGGUCUUCCCGCCACAUUGACACUGCUUCUGGGGUAGAUCAAAGCCGCAAAAUAAUGGAGAUCUUGGAUGGGCCGCCGCGAGUUAACAAGUUAGUCACAACUUUGAGAAAGUAUAAGACCGAUAAGAACCGAUCUCACGAGGAAGUUCCUGAGGAAACAUCUGUAGUGCAAGCUGCUCCUCCAAUAACAUACGCCGCUGAUUAG